UUUCGUCGUACACUUAGUGACGAUGUAGUGUUUUGAACUCAAAAUAUUUAAAGAUAAAUUUUUAACAAAAAAAAUAUGUCACUUUCAUUUAAAAUAAUUCUAUGAUAGACACCAUAAAAAACAGCCUCAUAAAGAAGUAGUGACACCUGUAAUUGACUAGCGAUAAUACAAACGUCAAUAAUAUAUCGCUAUAGCGCGUUACUGAUAAAAAUAUUGACCAUGUUUACCUACUAGACUUUUUCAAUUAACUCAAACAUGAUUUUUAUGUAAAAUCAUAUAUCCUUUUUAAAAGUAAAAAUAUUUUUCAAUUGUAAUAAUAUCAUAUAAUUAUUAUGUGACAUUGUUCUCUGAUAAAUACUUUUAAGUGUACUUUGGUUAUUCUAGCUAACUGGUUCAACUAGUGAUUGAAGAGAGUCGAAUCAAUACAAUUACAAUGGAUGUUGCAAUAAAUACUUUUGACAGUUGGUUAUCCAAAAAAUUGCAAGCAUUAAAUACCGAUGAAGGAGUUUUUGGAGCUUAUAUUAAAGGAAUUUUGGAAGGAGAUGAAACAGAAGAUGAAAAAACUGAAGCUCUCCAAAGUAUACUAUCUGGUAUAACGCAGGAAAAUAUCGAUACUCAUGUUGCUGAAAUUUUUGCGGCAUGGAUUAAAUGGCUUCCAACACAAGACAUGGUUAAAACAGUCACUCCCAUAGAAGAUGUUGAUGUAAGAUUAGCUCGAAUGUUAGAAUCACAAAGUAUAGCAACAACUACUCAGAGAAUUUAUACUGAUGAGGAACGACGAAUACGUGAAGCUGUUUUGGCGCAAUACAGUCAAAUGUCUGUUGAUGAAAAAAGUGAUGAUGAAGACCAAGAAACUGUUGUUAUAAGUGACGAUGGCCUAGAAAAAAAUAUGAACGCAGCUAAUAUUGCUCAACAAGAAAGAGACAAAAGAGAAAAAGCCAAAUUAGACAGCCAAAAAAAGAAAGAUAAAGACAAAGAAGAUCGAGAAAAACAAAAGCAGUUAAAAGAUGAAAAGAAAGAAAAACGUAAAACUCAGAAAGGAGAGCGACGGAGGUAACAUCUGAAAAGGAUUCACAAUAAUCUGGAAAUCAUGUAAGCGAGCAUCGCUAUAUGUAAUAUCAUGUGGAUUUUUUGUUGUAUUAUAAUUGUAGAUAUGCAUUUGACAGCUAGAGGAAUUUUAGAAGAAAUUAGUAGGUGGAAUUUUUUUUUUAUUAAUGUUAACCGAUUACUGAUUAUCAGAUAUGCAAAUAAUGUUAUUUACAAUUGAACUAGAAAUUUUUAUCAAAAACCACACAGGCUUUAGUUGGAUUCGAACCCGGGACUUUACACACGAAAGUCUAAUGUUAAAAAUUUCGGUUGCAAUUUUACCAGAAAUGAGUUGAAAGCUAAUAGGUAAAAUAUUAAGCUCCCUGUUUAUAGAAAAUGUCUUAGAAUCAAUUAGGUUCUCAUAAAUUCUCAUAUCAGUUUUACGAUCAAGUGCUAUAGUCAAGGCCUUGUAGAUUCAGCUAUGAGAAUCUUUCGUUUUUUUUUUUUUUUUUAUCGUCAGGACUAUAAUUCUAAUUGGGUACAGUUAUUACACAACACUUUACGGUAUUUGUUUUAGACACACAACAUUACGGUAUUUGACUUAGAAUAGUACAAAAUAAUUAUAGUAAUAUCACUAAAUAUUUUUCGAGAGUUAGCUUAUCAUUUUUACAUUGCAAGUAUUUUGAUUUUACAAUACAAAUUUUAGUAAUAUAAAAACAAAGUAUUUUAAUUUUACAAACAAUUUUAGAUCAGUCUAGUUUGGAAAAAUACAUUAUUUUUAUUGAAUCUUAAAUUGCAUUAUGAUUUGCGAUUUUUGCGAGCAGUUUACAAUAUUAUAAUUUUAUAAACAAUUUCUGAUCAUUCUAAUAAGAAAAAUUAUAAUUAUUGUAAAUCUUAUAUAUAUACGAAUUAUAAUUAGUAUACUAAUGUUAACAGAAAUUUUGUCU